AUGGCUUCUUUGAGCAGAGGCAAAAAAAUGGUGGAUAUAUGCAAUAACAUAAACAAUACUGAAACUGAAAAUAAAAAGCAAACAGAAGCCUAUGUAAAUUGUGUAGAGCAUAAUGUCAGUAUUACUCAUGGGUUCACUGAGAAUGUUAUUGUCGAUGAUCAUGCAGGGGAGUUAGUAAAUAAGGGAUCAAUACGUUUCAAAAAACAAUCCAUGGUCCAAAAUGAAAAAGACUUCUUGGGGAAUCUUUACCUGUCAACGACUGGGGAUAUUAAUCAAUUAAUUUUUUGCAAUGAUGAUGAGGCUGGUUCAAGUAACAUUUCGGGACAGCAAAAAGUUUACCUUGAUUUGGACCAUCAACAGAGUACUGUCUAUGAUGAAGACCAACACACUCAACUAGUACAAGACAUGAAAAUAGCUGAAAGUUUUGGUCAAGAAACUGACGAAGAUUAUAACCCUGAACAGGAGAGUAUUUUCUCUGAUGAAGAAGUUUUCCAUCAAAUACAGAGUUCUAGCUCUAAAAUACGAAAUAGAUCGAAGGAACCACAUUUAGAACAAAAUGUAAUCCAAGCUACACCUACUGACAGAAACUUUUCCAAAAAAAGAAGAAUAGAAAGAUAUAAAAAUCGAAAUGCUGGGAAGAGCUAUGAAACUCUUGACGGAAAAGUAAAAUCGGCAAGGGCAAUGACAGCUUUGACAGUUUGCCGCGCCAAGUGCAUGGAACGUAUCCCCCCUGAGAUCCAGGAAGUUAUUUUUAAAGAAUAUUGGAGCCUCGGAAGUCGAGAUGAAAGAACGAAAUUCGUUGAUAAUUUAGUUCAAUCAACUGAGACUAAAGUUAUUCGGAAACGAACCGAUGAUCCUGACAAAAAAACUUUAGGAGCUACUGGAAAAAAGAAAAAGUUUCAAGUGGUGAAAUUAAACCACAAAGAUUUCGUAAACUAUUCCAACCUAUGUAAAAGCCAUCUUAAACUAAAACAAAAAGAUAGCAAUGGUAACUCCUUCAAGUGGAGAAAGCUGCGGUGGCUAAGGUACCGUCAAGGAUUUCCAAAAAAUAUUUUUUUCAAGUUUUCACUAGACGAAAGGGAAGAAUUUCGAUGUAUGAAUUUAGAAGGAAGGACAUCACAAGAUACACCCUUAAAUCCGCUACCUUGCUACAGUAGUAAUUUAUAA